AUGGGCAUUCCAAAGGAUUAUAAUGUGGAGGUAGUCAAAAGAGAAGUUGUAAUCCCUGCUACUGUAAUCCAAGAGCAUGUUCUUCCAUUCAGUAAUAUAGAUCUCACAGUUCCUCCUUGUGGUGUGCAUGUCUUCUUCUGUUAUGAUAAGCCCUUUCAAACCAGUUUUGUAUCUGUUCUGUCAAAUCUGAAAAGCUCUCUGUCCAGAGCUUUUAUGUCUUGCUCUGCUUUUGCUGGAAGAUUGGUCAGCCAUGGUGAUGGGGACUUACAGAUGGUCUGCAAUGGAAAAGGGGCUGAAUUUUCAGAAGCUUAUGCUGACAUUUGUCUUACCCAGGUGGAGUUUUGCAAUCCCAUUGCAGCUAUUGAGGGAAAGCUUGUUCCUCUGCUUGUAAAGGAUUCUGAAGGAAAUGGCUCCCCAGUUUUUGCUGUUCAGGUAACAAAGUUUAGCUGUGGUGGCAUAGUUGUAAGCUGUACAUUUGAUCACAGAAUUGCAGAUUCAUUUUCUACCAACUUGUUUUUCACAUGUUGGGCCAAUCUUUCUAGAAAUGAGCCAAUUGGGUUCAUAACUCCAAGCUUUACACGCUCCAUUUUAGUCCCUAGAGAUCCCCCAGAUUGUUGUUCUGAAAUUAAAAAAAUGUAUACAAAAGUACAACUCUUCCCACAAUCCAACAUGCAAAUUCCGCAUCCUCCCAUAACAAGUAGAAUCUAUUAUCUCAAUGCCAAGGAUAUAGAAAUGCUCCAACAAAAUGCAAACCAGAAUGGAAACAAAUAUACUAAAUUAGAGGCAUUUUCUGCUUAUCUUUGGAAAAUGUUGAUUCAAGGCCAAGAGAUAGAGAACACAAUGAAUUGUAAUAUGGGCAUUGUUGUAGAUGGGCGUUCUCAUUUAACAAGGAUGGGAAUGCCUACUAACUACUUUGGAAAUGUUAUAUCAUUGCCUUUUGCUAGGGCUAGAGCAAAGGAUAUCAAGAAGGAGCCACUUUCUUGGAGUGCAAAGGGUACUGUGGGACCACCACAGGUACACUGUGGGGCCACAGUACCUGUGGUUACCUGCAAGUACACUCAGGGGCUGCAAGUACACUGCAGUCACCCGUAG